GCGAGCGAGCGCUAGCGGAGGCAGCAGUGGCGCAUCUCACAUAUAUCUGCCGCUGGAAUAUAUCGGCUGCUUUAGGAUGUGAACGGGGUUCGGCCUCGGCACCGACCAAAGCUUCUGUUUUCCCAUGACAAACAGAUGCGACAAGAGAACAAGCGAGCGCGAGAGUGAACGGUACAGGGGAGCGGAGAGAUCAUCGGUAUUAUUAUGAGAAAAGAGGACGGGGUUGUCGGAGCCGUAUUUGUUUUGCUCGCGGAGAUGAGGCGGGGGGUAGCGAGUCGCUACAAAAUCGUUGGGCUCCGGCCAAGCAUUACUCUGUUUUAGCAUAUACCGCCCCGCUUGCGUUUACUUCGUCAACAGACGCGUUUGAUCGCUACGGUUUGCAUCGCAGAAAAAUAAUGCAGCUGUCUCGAGGACAUCUGUGAGAUUUGCGGACUGCUGUUGCCGCUGCCAUGACAGACGCAGGCUUUACCGAGCAGGCGGUGUGAGACGAGCACGGCCCCCAGCUGCAGCAGCACGGCCGAUGUGGGCUGCGUUUACCGGGGGAGAUUAAAUCUGUAUACUGUUCGCGCUAUUCCUCUUUAACCGUUUGCAAUCUCAGGGAAAAAUGUCAUCUCGGUCUGCUUUACCGUCUGCGAACGACCGGAGCACAGAUCAUCAUGCGUCUCUGGGGGCGAGUCGUUCAGAGAAGGGGACGAAUGUGUCGAGUCGUUCACUGGGUGCCAGAUGUCGUAACUCCAUGGCUUCUAGCUCAGACGAGUUGCCCCACAUCGGAAACUACCGGCUCCUUAAAACCAUCGGCAAGGGCAACUUUGCUAAAGUCAAGCUAGCCCGCCACAUCCUCACAGGCAAAGAGGUUGCAAUAAAGAUUAUCGACAAGACUCAGUUGAACCCAACCAGCCUACAAAAGCUGUUCAGAGAAGUGCGGAUCAUGAAGACCCUCCAUCACCCCAACAUUGUGCAACUUUUUGAGGUUAUUGAAACAGAGAAGACGCUUUAUCUUGUGAUGGAAUAUGCAAGUGGAGGUGAGGUGUUUGAUUACCUGGUGUCUCAUGGGAGAAUGAAAGAAAUAGAGGCUAGAGCCAAAUUCAGACAGAUUGUGUCAGCUGUUCAUUACUGUCAUCAGAAGAAUAUAGUUCACAGAGAUCUAAAGGCAGAGAAUUUGCUGUUGGAUGCAGAUGCUAACAUAAAGAUAGCAGACUUUGGCUUUAGUAAUGAGUUUACGUUGGGGAAUAAGUUGGACACCUUCUGCGGUUCCCCACCUUACGCAGCUCCAGAGUUGUUUCAAGGAAAAAAGUAUGACGGGCCAGAGGUGGACAUCUGGAGCCUGGGUGUCAUCCUCUACACGCUGGUCAGUGGGUCUCUUCCAUUUGAUGGACAGAACCUCAAGGAGCUGCGUGAGCGAGUGUUGAGGGGGAAAUACCGUGUACCCUUCUACAUGUCCACAGACUGUGAGGGUAUUCUGCGCAGGUUUCUUGUGCUCAAUCCCAGCAAACGUUGCACUCUAGAGCAAGUGAUGAAGGAUAAGUGGAUGAAUUCAGGGUUUGAGGGCGAUGAGCUGAAGCCUCACAUUGAGCCAGCAGAGGACUACAGUGACGCAAACCGCAUUGAGAUUAUGGUCGGGAUGGGUUUUACUACAGAAGAAAUAAAGGACUCUUUACUCACUCAGAAAUAUAAUGAAGUCACGGCUACAUAUCUGCUAUUGGGCCUGAAGACUGAGGAUGGCGCUGAGUCACGAGUUAGUGGCAGUAUGACGUUGCCACGUGUGCGUCCGAGCCCAAUGACCAAUGGAACCAACAAACAAUCCUCUUCUUCAUCAUCUUCUUCAUCUUCACACAGCAAGACUCAGCGCAGCGCCUCUACUUACCACCGCCAGCGAAGGCACAGUGACUUCUGUGGUCCUAGCAUGCCUGUGAUGCACCCAAAGCGUAGCCCGACCAGCGGUGGAGAUCGUGAGCUGCGUGAGAGCCGCAUGCCACCGAGGAAGGCCAGCUGUAGUGUAAUGGGCAGUCGAACCCUACCACCAUCUAGUCCAAUGGUCAGCACUGCCAACAACCCCAACAAGGCAGAGAUACCUGAUCGCCGCAAGGAGAUGACCGCCACCACAAACAAUAUCCCAGGAAGUACCAUGACCCGUAGAAACACGUAUGUAUGUACAGAUCGUUCCAGCACUGACCGGCACUCGCUGCUGCAGAACGGCAAAGACAACAGCUCUCUAUCUCACCGCCUCCCUCCCACCUCUCCCUCCACUCUCAGUAUUGUUGGAGCGGGAGCAUCCUCCUCUUCUUCCUCAGGUGAGCGCUGUCGGCUGACACGUGGAUCCACCAUCCGGAGCACCUUCCAUGGGGGUCAGCUCCGUGACCGUGUACCGCCCACCUAUGGACCUCCGCCCACGUCGCCCACCCUGAGUCAUGACGCUGGAGCCCUGCCGGCCAAUGCCCGCAGCCGGGCCACUUCUAACCUGUUCAGCAAACUCACCUCCAAACUCACUCGCAGGGUCAAUCUUGACCCCUCUAAACGCCAAGGCUCUAAUAAAUCAGUGUCGGGUUGCACUCUUCCACAGGGAUCCAAAACAGUUAGAUCACAAAUGAAUCUGAGGGAGUCAGCAGAUCUUCGUUCACAGGGUGAGUCCUCAUAUGUUUUUUGUUGUUGUAAAUUUUCCAGUGGCCAUUUAUCUGGGGAUCAGAAAGCGUCCCAGCCCUGGGGCAGGGGAGGGGGGUGGGAUGUAAGGGGCCAUUUCCCCCGUCCCCCCCGGGCCCCUGCAGAAGUGGUACUGGCCUUGCGCGAGGCAGCGAGGGGAUGCGGCUGCCAGGUCCGGCACGCUGGCCCGUUUCUGCUGUGCUGCAGUCAUGGAUCGGCAGGAUCAAAAGUCGCAUUCCAAGCUGAGGUGUGCCAACUGAGUGUGGGUCCCGCAGAGACAAACGGAGUUCGCUACACACGCCUGUGGGGGGCUCCCCUCGCCUUCAGGCACAUCGCAUCGCAGAUCUCUAAAGAGGUGGAGCUCUGAGGGGACGGGGGAGGAGACUUGACUCGUAGAUGUCCCCUCACUAUAUCCGUUGUUCUAGAGAUCUGUUAUAGACAAAAUCUGAUCCCUCCAAAAACACUCAACACACAUCUGAACACACAUACAUGUAAACAAACACAGUCACCUUAAAAGCACGGGACACUCAAUCCUGAAAAUAUGGAAAUCUAAAGUACAAAAACAAGCACACCCCUUCCAUGCAUAAACCUGAGCGCUAUUAGAGCGCUACGGAUACACACACACACACACACACACACACACACACUCACUCUCUGAAAAGCCUCAUUCACUGGGUCUGGAUUGAAUCCAGUUUAGUAUUUUUAUUCUCAUUCUAGUCAUGAAAUUCUUACUUCAAUAAUUGAUGUCAUUCUUUUUUUUAACCACUUUUGUAUGUUUUCAACAAGUCUUGACAUUUUAAACGGGUCAUCAUUUUUAUGUUUUUUGUGAUUUAAUAUGUCUUACAUUUUCUUAAUACUAAGUCAAAGCAUUGAAUCAUUGACAAUGUAGGACUGUAGCUGCCAAUGAACUAUAUGCACAAAUGUGAAGUUGGCAAAUGUAUCCUAACUUCAUCAUAGCUCACGGUGCACACCCAAAUCCACAUCACAUUCGCUGGCGACCACAAAUUUGAUCAGGCUGCAAGCCAACCAUCUACACUUUGUUUUUGAGAUUGUCUGAGAAAAAUUGUGUUCCCUAGAAAGUCUGUUUUUCUGAUGUAUAGUGCCAGUUUACGUACUUUCCACCAUGUUUAAUUUAGAAGAGACGUUUAAUGCCAAAUGACUUUCCCUGACCCUUCUCGGACAGGCACGAUUAUUGUUCGGUUGUUAAUCCUUCAUUUCAACUCCUAUUUAGUGAAACUUUGCAAAUAGUCAUCUCUCAAUUUACCCAGUCUGAGUGGAGUUGAGGUUAUCACAUGAGUGAUUUUACUAAGACAGAAGGUUUUAGUGUUCAGUGUCUUAAAAAAGACACGCUUCCUGCAUUGUAGAUAUCUGAUUAAAUGUCUAGAAAAAACACCUUUCUUAUUCAAUAUAGAUUCUCUCCCACCUCCAGUUUUAAAAAGAAAUAGAAAGUAAAUAUCCAAUACAGAAAUGGUGUUUGCUUUGCAAAAUAUGUUGUGGCUCAGCAUUAGCAGACAUUAAGUCAUAGUCUCAUUCAUUAGCACAUACAGUACGUGUCAGCAUUUUUUCAUUAAAAUUCCCAGGCUUUAUAUAUGACUAAAUUGGUAUUGAAAAAUCUUUUGAUCCCUUACGCAAUUAUUUUGGCACCAGAUAUCUAAAAUGCAGGAUGUUUUAAUGCAAGAGUACAGGAAGAGGUUCAGUGCUCUCACUACUGAAAUAUGUUUUUGGGGCAAAUGCACCAACAGGGCUUUGAAAAACCUGAUUUUUUUAUUUAUUUAUUGUAAAGUCAAUCGCACUUGCAAUCUUGUAAUAAUAUGCCAUCUAUAUGGCUCUUUUUCCAUUGCAAAAUCUUAACAAUGCUGUGUAACUAACAGAAAUGCGUGUGUCAUGGACUGGUCAUGUUUUCGCUGUUGCUCAUGUUGGUUUUUAGCCAUGCACAAGUUUUUCUCUUGAUCAGAUUUCUAAUCAUGUUAUAAUCAAUUUAACGGGUUUCAUUUGCAGGUUUGAGACCUGAAUAGAAUAUAUAUGCUGCUUCAGAUUUUUCUGUCAUGGGUAGAAUUAGGUUUGUUCUUUUUUUUUUAACAAUACUCUUGGCUUACUUUUUGAUCGAACCAGUUCUGGUUUUUGAUGUGUAACAAGGCCUAGUUAUGCAAUAGUUGUCAGUUUGCCAAGCAUAAGCAAUUCACAACCGAUGGUGAUCAAAAUGUAAUUGUGAAUGGUGAUAAUUGUGCAAUAGCAUUAGAUGUUACUGUCAUGUCUAGAAAUUGUUUCUAUCUUAAUGCAAAGCCAUGCUUUGACCCUGUUGGUGCUGCCAGCCCGUAGACAGUACGAUAUUGAUCAAGUACAUGGUUUGAGCAAUGAGGGCAUAGUGUAUAGGACAGUUCUUACGAGUUCAGUUUGGAUAAACGGGUUGAUUUAAUAUGGUCGGUCUGUAAUUUUUUGAUUGGGGGAUCAUUGUGCUGGCUUGUGUGAAAUAUAUUGUAGAUACUAAAGGAUUAUAUGCCACUUUCUCCAUGUUUGUGAUGGCAUCUCCCUCUGUUCAUGAGAGGGCGUUGGAUUGUGGUACAGAAAACAAGCUUGGUUCUUGAUUUUAGUUUGGUCUGCUGCAAGUAUGUCAAAUGCUUUGAGAUGCUUGAAAGUUCACUUGUGAUGACUGACUCCACAGGUAUCACUGUGGUGCUUCACCGUUGACCUUUAUCCAGACAGUGAGCCUCCUAGCCCACCUUGCAAGUCUGACAUCUCAUCAUUCAUCCACUUUUUGUUGUUCACUUUAUUCUCCGCUUUUGUGCCGCACAUUUGCUAAGACACCUAGUUUCUCCUCGUCCAAUUGCUGAAUCACUGGAAAUCCUUGUGUCAUUGUUCUGUCUGCUCUGUGACUGGACUCCUGUUGUGGAGACGCUUCCUGUUUCAAACUGAACGGGGUAAAGACUGCACGUCCUGGACCAGUCUGACCCGGUCUCCGCAUCAGACCGGCUCUGUCUGGUUUGGACUGCUAGGAUCUGUAUCCGUUCAACGUCCAUUAAGACCGCUGUGCACUCAUGUUGACUUGAAUCAGCUGCAUCCUACGGAUCUGUGGGUUUGUACCCAUGUUUGGCCACCGGAAGUUGCCAAUGUCUUAAAUGUGAACACUUCGAAUUGUGUAUAUUUGCACAGGUACUUAAUUUAUUUUCUAGAAUAAUUAUCUUGGGAGAAAAAAAAAGUAUUGGUCUAUAUCAGUCAGAUUCUGGCUGUAUAUAAAGAUUAUGAUCCUGAUGAUAAUAUUGUGAGUAUAGUAUAUACAGUAUUUUAGAAUUCCAGGUUAAUUCAUAGCUAGAGCAGAGACCCUCUGCUAGCUCUCCAGACGUUUCUAUGUGUGCUGAAGUGAAACACUAACCUGCAAUCCUGCAUGAUUCAGAGCAAGGAUGGAGAAAGACCGACUACAUAUGUGAAAUAACAGAACGGGCAAAAGAAUUUGAGGGAGAGAGAGAGCGUGUAUGCGUGUGCAUGUAUGUGUGAAUGUGUGCGUCUGUGCAUUGCGCUAUUCUGUUGACCUGCCUCCUUCUUUCUUUCUCUCUCUCUCUCUCUCUGCUGGUAGGAAGUGUUUGUGUGAGAGAAUUAUGGCAGCCAUACUUGACCUAGAGUGACAGUAUGUACGUAUGAAUGAGUUUUUCUUAGUGUCAUUUAAAGGCAUUAAAAAGAGUAUUAGUGAGAAUUGUGAGUUGGUGUGCCAGGCGUGACACGUCUGAAUGACAAAUCCCUUCAGUUCAGUGUUGUGCUGUCUGUGAUGUAAACUAUCUGCUAUGAUAUUGGGUCUCUCGUGAUGCAUUUAGCUAAUAUGCAAUAUGGCAAGAGAGUCAGGUGGACAAACAAUAUAUACAUAUAUAUAUGAGAGAGAGAGAGAGAGAGAGAGAGAGAGAGAGAUCAAGAGAGAGACAGAGAGAUUAAAACAUUGAUGCUGUUAGCAGAAAGUAAUUCCCCCCCCCCCCCCCUCCUCCCCCCAGAGGUUUUUGCACCUUUGGCCAAAUAUAUUAAAAUGGAAACAAAAAAUCUUGAGAGAAAAUAAACUUCACUGAUGUUGGCAUCUUUGUUGUGUUCAAUUAUUGUUUGGUGUAUUUGUGUUUUAUCCGGAUUUAUGGUCUGUCCCUCUUGUUUAUGGGCACUUUAUUUGGUGUAUGAGUAGAAGAGAUAGGAUAUCACUUAUGUAUUUGAUUAGUAUGUAUAGGGAUUAAUAUGAUUAUGUCUUUUACUUGACUAUGUUGCUAAUGUUACACAAACUAUGUUCCUGUUCGCCAUCUCAGUCUGCCUUCUAACAAUCACCAGAAACGCUUUGAACAACUCAGAACAUCAGUGGAGAAAGGCAUAUAGUUCAUCAUAACAUUGUAAUAUACAUCACACACUUGGUAUAUUGCUAAAUCUAUCUGAUUUUUUUUUAUCAACAGAAAAAUAUACUGGGAUAACCUGCCUCUCUUGAGACUCCCUUGCUGUUAAUGAUAUGCUAAAGCCCGCCGGCACGUUAAUGUAAUUUGUUACAAGGUAGUUUGUGACAUCAGAAACACCAGCUAUUUCAGACUGCAUAUUUUUUUCACUGCAGUUUUAAGAAGAAGAUGAAUUUUUGAAUUUGCACAUGGUUUGACUUAAAACACAUUGAAAAAAAUACCACAUAAACAUAUAAACAACAUUAAAAACUUGAUUUUCACCACGGGGGGACUUUAAAUUAAAUUCUUUUUAACUUUCAUCUACACUGAAGCUAUUUAUAUGCUCACAAACAUGAUAAAAUACAAGAUGCGUUUAGAAGAGAUACUUAGUAGAAUAUGUGUUUUAUGGGGUAUGUUUAUUCAAAUACAACUUGAUUGAUUCACUUUUUACAACCAAGGCUGAAAUUGAGGUGAAGCCUCGACGUCAGGCACUCACACCUGCGCCGACAAUCUGAUCCCAAGAUGUUACCGACUGAACAGGAAACAAAGUGGAAAAAAAUGAUGGCGAAAUGACAUGGAAAAUAAAGAAGAAGGGAAAAAAGAAAGCAAGACAGAUGCAAAGGCUAGACUGUCUGUGUUUUCGAGCAGCAGUUUCCUCUGCGUUGAUGUAGGAUCGCAUGA